GAUUAACAUAAGUUUCUCGGUCCCCGAUACGCACGACCCAGUGCGAGUCUCGGCAUCAGUCCCGGCCUUCGCCGCCCCACGUCCGGGAGAAACAAUAGGAUAAUUGUUUUACCAGACUUGCGAGACUCGCCAGGCCGUAAGCAAUGCUCGCGUCAGUAGUUCCCCAUCCUUCGGGGCUAUGAGCUAUAGAGGUAUUCUCGAUUUCUUAUGUGGAGCCCCGUGUAAGACGUGUCACCAGAACGAGCUGAUUCGCGCAUCCUCCACCAUCGGGGCAGUGCAGCUUCUGUUCCCUCGUAAUUGGUUAUAUGUACGCCCUAUCAAUCCUUUCAAUAGGCAGGUUAAGCCAGUACGAAGUCAACCCCGUGAAGUUGCUGCAACGAGCUGCGGUUCUUGGGGCUUUUGGUGGCUGCAACAAACACACACCUUGGCAAAGUCCUGCCGCUCGGAUGUCCAAGAUAGACCGCUAUCCUCUCUUCCCACUUAGCUAGCCAACUACCCUCUUCACAUUCUCUUUCGUUUGUAAUAGGCUAGUUUUUAGCUUUAUGAAUCUAGCUGUGUUAUAGUAUUCAUCUACCUUGUGGUCAGUUUUGGGUUCCAGAUAUCGAUUUUUACGUGCACCGUACCAUCACUCGUUAUGCGUUUCCCUUAUAUGUUACUGGCGCUUGUAGCCAGCGUCACCGCGGACAACACAGCGCAAACGAGACGGUCCGAUGGAAGGGAGUUGACACUUAAAUCAAGAAGACCCAUUGAAAUCUCCCAGUCACUUGAGGCAAGGCUAGCUUCAGUCGACAUAUAUCAUAAAGGAGUGGUUGUCUCUAGGGAUCCAGGAUGUGAUCCUGAUGGCGACGAGCCCGAUCUUCCCUUUUGUGACAAGUUUCGCGAAUAUAUAAAGGAGCAACAUGAGAAAGAGGAGGAGCGCAAUGGCAACGACGAUGACAAUGACGAGAAGCAUCACGGCAGUGGGAUGAUAGCAGGAGCUGUAAUAGGCGCUUUUAUUGCACUCUUAUUCCUUCUGGCCGUGUGGUAUUUCCUCCGUAUCCGACCUAGGAGGAGACAGCGUAUACUAGAGCAGCACAGGAAGCAAGAUGAGCUGGAAAGCAACUAUCAAUUCUCUCCCCAGGACACACAUUUACCAACUCCGCCAACCCGAUCUAUGCCCGGAAGCCAAAACCCCUCCGAGCAUAAUGUCAGGUUCCAACGUACACCUUAUCCAGGGGAAGUCCCAUCUCCAUCAAUAACAAAUUCGUCAAUGUCUGGUCUGGCUUUACCAACUCCGGCACUUACAUAUUCUCCAUCGGUUACAUCCAGUGCCGUAUCUCCAUUGUCCCCAGUACCGGCACACGGAUUAAGCGACAAGCCUCCCGCAUACGCAGCGGUAGCAGCACUCCAAUCUUCCGAGCCGCAACCCGAAGCGAGCGCGUACCAGAUGGGCCAGACUCCCAUGCCGUUAGAACCGCCGAUGUACCAUCUCACAGAAGCACCGGGACCUGCUGUUAUGGAUAUGAAAGGGGAACCCAUUUCUCGAUACUAAAAAUAAUAAUUGUACGAUGGGAGAAUGCAAAGCGUCUAGGCAAGGCCAUCAGUCAUUUCCGCGGGCAAAGUGUUCCAGUUCUGAAAUUGUACUGUAGAUAUAUCCCCUAAUGUUCAGAAGUUCAUUGUCUUUACUACUAUGUACUUGUAUUAGGAAAAGAUGUCAUUUCUCAGGAGCGAGUGGCACAGAAGAAUCGAUAAUUGUUUUUUGUGUUUUUCUAUGUCGGUA